CCUUUAAGUUCCGCUGCCGGCUUUCCUGUCCAUACUCCUGUCUUUCACUAUUAUCAAUUUCCUCUUUAGUAGUGCCAGGGUCGAGAGACACCCUGCGAAAUCAUCUCCGUUAGUACCGCGGUUCUCAGUUUGCGGCGCGCAGCCAUGAACUCGCUGCGUCAAUUCACUCGUCACAAGGCGCUACAGAGCCUGGCUGUCACACCGAGCCAGGGCUUCCACACAAUUCGAUUAUGGCAUAGGCAUUUCAGCAGUACUCCAGCUGUUGCUUCCCGGCUAGCUGGCCUGGAUCCUUCAAAGCUUACGGUUACCAAAACGAGCACCCCUAAAGAAUUGACGCCUGCCAAGGAUCUCGUUUUUGGCAAAACCUUUACUGAUCAUAUGCUUGCUAUUGAAUGGUCAGCAUCCAAUGGCUGGGAUGCCCCUCGUAUUGUCCCCUACCAAAACCUUAGCUUGGACCCCUCGGCUUGUGUGUUUCACUAUGCAUUUGAAUGCUUCGAAGGCAUGAAGGCCUACAAAGACAGCAAUGGCCAAAUUCGACUGUUCCGUCCAGACAAGAACAUGGAGCGCCUGAACAAGUCUUCGUCGCGAAUCGCUCUCCCUACCGUUGACGGUGAGGCUUUGACCCAAUUAGUUGGGGAGCUCGUGAAAUUGGACAGCAGAUUCAUCCCUAGUGCCCGGGGAUACUCACUAUACCUGCGGCCCACAAUGAUUGGCACGCAAAGCACCCUUGGGGUUGGACCACCAGGUUCUGCCCUUUUGUUCGUCAUCGCAAGCCCCGUUGGGCCUUAUUACCCCACUGGCUUCAAAGCUAUCUCGCUAGAGGCCACUGACUAUGCUGUUCGAGCGUGGCCUGGUGGUGUUGGAGAUAAAAAGCUGGGUGCUAACUACGCUCCGUGCAUUGUUCCUCAACUGAGCGCAGCCUCCCGAGGCUUCCAACAAAACUUGUGGCUUUUCGGUGAGGAAGAAUACGUGACCGAGGUCGGCACUAUGAACCUCUUUAUUGCGUUGAAGAACAAGGAAACAGGGCAGAAGGAACUAGUCACUGCUCCUCUAGAUGGGACCAUCCUUGAAGGCGUGACCCGUGACUCUGUUUUAGGACUUGCCCGAGAGAGAUUAGCACCAAAUGGCUGGACUGUUUCUGAGCGCAAGAUUAGAAUGUCUGAGGUUGCUGAGGCAGCGGACGAGGGUAGGCUGAUUGAGGUGUUCGGAUCUGGCACCGCAGCCAUCGUAAGCCCUGUACGAAGCAUCAGCUACAAAGGCAAGAUGGUCGACUGCGGCUUGAAGGAGGAUGAGGAAGCUGGCGAAAUUGCUUCCCAGAUGAAAAACUGGAUCGAGGGGAUCCAGUAUGGUGAUGAAGAUCACAAGUGGAGCUACGUUCUAUAAAUAAAGCUUUGGUGGCAUAAAACGGGCUACAAGUUGUCUAGAGUGUUUUACAUGAUUCUUUAUGGGUAUGGAUAAAAGGAACGAUUCGCAGACUUGGGUUAUAUCACUGCUAUAAUUUGGUUUGGCCAUUUUUUCAACUAGCAUGAGCGCUAUCUUGCAUUAUAACAUAUUCUAAAACG